UCUCUCUCUCUCUCUCUCUCUCUGCUCCAAAAGGGAAAAAGCCUUCGACUUGAAGUUGAAGAAGUACUUCUCUGCGAAAUUUUCCAUUCUCCAUCUCUCUCUCUCUCUCUGGGAUCGAAAAGCACUUUCAAUCAGAGUUUUCUGUUCCAAAACCGCAAAGCAAUCUGCCACUUCCAUUCCUACUUUUCAGCACCAAAACUAAAGCACUUCCAUUCUGAUCUGGAAACCCAUAAACUUUCCUCUUAUAUAUCCAUCUAUAUAUUAUAUAUUUCCUCAACACGUUAGAGAUUAUCGCCAUAUUUGGUGCUAUAAAUAAAGUUAUUCUUUUUUUUUUUAAUUAAAUCUCGCUAAGUUUUGAGAACCAUCAUAGAAGAACUCACACUUCACCUUGUGAUCUGUAACCUCUUCAUCUCCAGCUACAUUUAGAGACUUCCGCCAAGUUUCUUGGUCAUUCAAUGUUUGUUUCCUUUCUUUCUGCAUUAGAUUCAGUUGGAUUAACAAAAUAAGUAUUUAUUCCUGAGUUCAACAUUUAAAGUUGCUAUCUUUGCUGCAAGACUCAAUUGGGUUUGCCUUUUGAGCUCCAGCUUUUGCUUUUUCUUUUUCGUGAGUUUGGAAUUUGGAUUGGGUUUUCAGUCGUAUGCUAUUCUUUUUUUAAUUGUUUGCCGUUGAUCUAAACGUCACAGUGCCAGUUUGAUUCACUGAGGCGAUUUAGGCUUCUGGGUCAUUGAAAUUUCGGUGGAAUUUGGUCUAGCUUUUGGUUUUUUGAUCUGGGUUUUGAGUGUGAAGUCAAGGCCUUAGAUGCACCUAUUGGCUUAUUGCUUUGAAGGGUUUUAAUGCUUUCUUGCUAAGAUGCAGCCUGAUCAGAGAAGAAAGUCAUCGGCGGAUGUAGACUUUUUCACGGAAUAUGGUGAGGGGAGCAGGUAUCGAAUUGAGGAAGUAAUUGGUAAAGGAAGCUAUGGUGUUGUUUGCUCUGCAUAUGACACACAUACUGGGGAAAAGGUUGCGAUUAAGAAAAUAAAUGACAUUUUUGAACAUGUGUCAGAUGCCACUCGCAUCCUUCGUGAGAUUAAACUUCUUAGACUCCUGCGUCAUCCAGACAUUGUGGAGAUCAAGCACAUCCUGUUGCCCCCUUCCAGGAGGGAAUUCAAAGAUAUAUAUGUUGUGUUCGAACUCAUGGAAUCUGAUUUACACCAGGUUAUUAAAGCGAACGAUGAUUUGACACCAGAACAUUAUCAGUUUUUUCUUUAUCAGCUUCUUCGUGGCAUGAAGUACAUACACACAGCAAAUGUCUUUCAUCGGGAUCUAAAACCCAAAAAUAUCUUAGCAAAUGCUGACUGCAAACUCAAAGUCUGUGACUUUGGUCUUGCAAGAGUAGCUUUUAAUGAUACACCGACUGCUAUAUUCUGGACGGACUACGUUGCAACGCGCUGGUACAGGGCCCCUGAACUGUGUGGAUCCUUUUUUUCAAAGUAUACACCAGCAAUAGAUAUAUGGAGCAUUGGCUGCAUCUUUGCAGAACUUUUGACUGGGAAAGCUCUUUUUCCUGGAAAAAAUGUAGUCCAUCAAUUAGAUCUGAUGACUGAUCUGUUGGGAACACCAUCUGCUGAAGCCAUUGCCAGGGUACGCAAUGAGAAGGCUAGGAGAUACUUGAGCAGCAUGAGGAAGAAGAAGCCCAUUCCUUUUUCCCAGAAGUUCCCAAAUGCAGAUCCACUUGCACUUCGUUUAUUAGAAAGAAUGCUGGCAUUUGAACCCAAGGAUCGACCUACUGCUGAAGAGGCUCUUGCUGAUCCAUAUUUUAAGGGCUUGGCCAAGGUUGAAAGGGAACCUUCUGCUCAACCAGUUACCAAGAUGGAAUUUGAAUUUGAGAGACGAAGGAUAACCAAGGAAGACGUACGAGAGCUUAUAUACCGAGAGAUUCUGGAGUAUCAUCCAAAGAUGCUGAAAGAGUUCUUGGAGGGAGCAGAGCCAACAGGCUUCAUGUAUCCAAGUGCUGUUGACCAUUUUAAGAAGCAAUUUGCUUAUCUUGAGGAACAUUAUGGAAAAGGUGGUACUGUUGUACCACCUGAGAGGCAGCAUGCAUCAUUACCCAGGCCAUGUGUAUUAUAUUCAGAUAAAUCAGCACAGAAUUCAGCAGAGGUCACAGAUGAUCUCUCCAAGUGUUGCAUCAGAGACACUGAGAAGCCUCAUAUGGACAGGAGUUGUGAGAUCCCUAUGGCACGGCUUCCUCUACAAGUUCCUCCAACAAUCCAAGGAGUUGCUGCAAGGCCUGGGAAAGUCAUUGGUUCAGUGUUGCGUUACAACAAUUGUGGGGCUGCAGCAGCAGCAGAGGCUCUUGAACAGCGGAGGAUGGUUAGAAAUCCAGCUGGUUCAAGAAGAAACCCGAACUGUAAGAAUGAUAGGGGUGAAGAUGAUAUGGUUGAAAGUUCUAACGGGCUGCAGCCAAAGCCUCAAUACCUGGCAAGGAAAGUUGCUGCUGCUCAAGGUGGAUCUGGAGGUCACUGGUAAUGAUUCUAUGGUGUUUAUUUUGUGCCGAUCUCAGCCUGUUUAAUAUUAGCCAACUGAGUUCAAGGCACUUGGAAAGUCUGCUACUUUUGCUGGUGAAGUGGCUGCUGCAAGUUGCAAUUUACAUUAAUAUUUUUAAGUUCAACGUGGUUCAGGACUCCGGUCCUUGACCUGACUCUCUGAUUCCUAAAUAACUGAGAUAGCAGAUGCAUCUAGUCAUGAAUGAGCUGAAGGCAAAAACUACUGAUUGACUUUGUAUUUUUUGUAUUUUUUUUUUUUUUGGUUCUCCUCCUCUGUAAGAUUGAAGAAAUUUCCCUUUUUGUUUGGGGGGUGGGGAGGGGGGACUGUUCUCCUUAACUGUAAUAUUGGUUGUAUCCAAACGAGGAUCUCUUUUACUAGAACAUUUGAGCAGGAAAAUUUGUUGGCAUAACUAAACUGAUAGAUGGGUUUCUUCUGUUA